AUUUUACAAUAAAAUCUGGCGACCCGACAUACUGGGUUUUGGGUUCUUUUGCAAAACCCCCAAUUCCAGAUCACCCACCGCAGGCCCAGCAUUUGCUAAAGCCGCACGAACAAUCGCUUCCUCUCUAUCCUCCUCUCCUUUCGCGACUGCACCGCCGACAUAUUCUCUUACAGACCGUCUCCGAAUAUUGUAGUAGCCAGCCUGGUCGGCCACAGCUGUUUGCGACAAUGCACCGCACCCCGGACAUUGCUGUGGCAGAUGUGCAUGCGCGCGACUUCGGAAUUGACCUUCGGGUUCUACGGCCGCAGCAUGGUCGGAGGUUUGGAGGAAUCGUCUUUGGGUGUGUCGGGGCUGUAUCGAAUAAUUUGUUGAUAGUGGCAGAUGCGGGACUCUGAGAAGUCCGGGACAGAGAAACGUGGGGAUAUCUGCAACAGCUACAGGAAUGGUUCUGGAUAGCCUCAGGAUAAGCUUUCCAGUCGAUCUCGACAUUCUGUACCUGUAAUUGGAAGACAGAACAAUUGUCAUGAGGUCGUGAGAAUGGUUGUCUUUUUCCAUGCGAUGCUCGUACAAAAAAUACGGACAGGGGUCAAUCUAGCGCCAAAAGCUUAAAUAAUUUAUAUUCACGGUUCACCUGGCUACGCUACGACUACCCCAUACAGACGAAGAAGAGACCGCGAAUAUUGCAACAAUUGAAGAUUCUCAAACCCUCUCAAUUUGCAUUCAAGAUGACAAACGUUACCCAUCGUAUGACCAUGUUGGCGAAAGUAAGCAAACCCUCUUUCCACACGCGAACUCCAGGCUAAUACGUCGACCGACAGAAGGUACAGAGAGAACCCGCAAACCGCCUCCACCAUCCCAACUAACGCUCUUUCGCAGCUUCUACGACUGAAAAUGGGAGAUGGCGCAAUCAUAUUACCCCCAGAGGUCAAGAAGAUCCGCAUGGAAUUCGCAAUAGCCAGAGAUGAAGGGCACACCGGACCUAGGUACAUUCGUGCCCCCUCCAUCUCCAUCAACCCCUCCACUAACGCCCACAACCACAGAUUAUUCUGGCGCAACGAACUUCGACGUAUAAAAUACUACAACCCAGCCCUGGAAGUAUCAAUAGCGCGAACCGAAAACCCCCAAGACCCCGCCCUCAUGACCGUCUUCUUCGCAACCACCGAAAGGCUUCAACUGCCCGGUCCCACCCCAAUCACACCAGAAGCUUCCGCCUCAACCCCCCAAACCGACCUUACACUCACAACACCACACAGGACAGAAGUUUUCAACAUCAAGAACCGAGGCCCCUCAAUGAUCUUGGCGCAACUCUUAAAACUUACAAACGCCACGCCCGUCGAGCCCACAGAAGAGCAGUUGGAGCAAAGGGAGUCCCUCAAGGAGUACAAAGCGCAAAGUAUUAAGGACCACAAAAGAAAUAUUGUUCGGAACGCGAGGCUGAAGGCAGAGAAGGAGAAGGAGAUUUUGAUGAAGGGUGGCUUACCAGCAUAAAUGAAUUAUUGUUUGUGUAUUGCCUCCAACAACUGGCAAGCUGUGUGGAAUCUGGAUUCGGGCAUUGUGUACAAAAUAUGUGGCUAUUAGGAAACCACCUUGUAAAAUAUGCGGAGGAUGUGUAAACCAAUCACGGUUCUCAAACGGCCGUUCGUUCAUGCUUGUUUUUGAUUAAAGUCUGCUCUGGAGAACUACUUUUUCUGACGCGGAUUACUUGGAAUUCUUUUUAACGUCCAAGAAUAAGUUUCUGCAUUUUGCGUGGCUAAACAUAGUGCCCAAUUCAAC